UGAGACUGAAGACGUCACCUGGAUUAUGACAAAACGUUUCCCCCACUGAAAUCACUACAUCCAGAUGAACAGAAUCAACUUUUGGGAAUUACAACUCAUACUUGCCUCAGCUUUGGGUGAUUAGAGUGGAAUACUGGAAGGCUAGGUAUUCAGGAUUUUUCCAUUAGAUGGGUCACAAAACCUAAAAUCCACAGCCUAUUUUUUCCCCUCAUCUGUGCACACCUGUUGCGUUUAAAUGCAAAUUAAUCUGGCAAGUGCCACGCCAAGUCAAGAGGGUAUUAAGAGCUAUAUGGGAACAUGCAUGUAUCCAUUGUUAUUGUUUUUGUUUGUUUUUUGUUUGAUUUGUUUCUUUCUUUGCUUUCUUGGUUUGAGUUUUGCAGGCAGUGGUCUUAGCCUGAACAGAGAAUCUCAGACUUCCAUCAACCCAGAAUCCUCUAAUGGCUUAUUCUGGGUGGGGCACCAAGUUGUUUCCAAGCUAAAUGAGGGAUAUAAUCUCUCCAGUGAGUCCUGGGUCUGCCCGGAGGUUUCGUCCCAGUAGGACAUACCCGAAACACCUCACCUAGGAAUCAGAUUUCUGAACCACCUCAACUGACUCCUUUUGAUGUGUAGAAACAGUGGCUCAACACAGAGUCUAUUGAUUGAUUGACUGAUCAAAGGGGGAAUCAAUUGCAUUGUUUUAGCUCUGCUAUCUUUUCACUGUAAAAUGUCACCCUCCACUCUCCCCUCACUUCUGAGAUACUUAAACUGAAGUGGGCACUUCACCCUUUUCUAGACUUGGAGAUGCUGUCUAUCAUUCCCACUGCUUCACACUCAGCCACGAACAGUACCUGAUGAACUGUGGAAGACCGUCGAGGAGAUGGUCAAAGUGUUGAGGCUAGUAGCAUCUCACUACCACUAUGUAGAGUGAGUUUAGCUCCGAUUCCCUCUCGUGAGUCAUUCGGCAGUUUUCCCGAAUCACUUUGUGGCCAUUCCCAAAGUCUUGCUUGAUGGUCUCACCUGUACACAUCUCGGUGGGGAACGUAGUGCAGAAACACACCUCUCCAGGUAAAACAUUUGCUGCCCAUGUGGGCAUGGAAAUUCCACAGUAAGGGGUACAAACACACUCUGCCAGCCUCUUUUCAAUUAGAGUAAGUCCAGAGUGGAACAGAGUACAGGAAACUGGUUCCAGUGCCCAAGCUGUGCACUGAGGUGAGCCUAACUCGAUCUAGUCGCCAUCACUCGCUUGCUUAGGAUCAGACUCCUUUCCCACCAGUGAAGUGACACUGCAUGUACCACGAGCCAAUGUUGGAAGCCAGAGAUCGAUUAAUUAUAUCUCUUUGAACUUCAUACAUUUCAACACGAUAUUAUGUGAUAAGGAAACGUGUAAUUUACUGCGCUGUUUGAAACCUCGGUGAAUUAUUGGUUCAUAAAUAUCUCUAAGAAAUACCACGAGGGUGAUCAGUUUACACAGUCUGAAACAACAAUGUUUUAUUUGCUGUUUAAAUUUAAUUUUCAGUUGCUGUUGAGAUUUAUGUACCAAAACUACAUUGUAAUGGUUAGGAGAAGAUUAAAAUAGAAUAUUUUAAACUCAUUAACCAUGUGAAAAUCUUCCGGUUUGUAUGUUGGGGGACGAAUACCUUGGCAGACUUACAGGAACCUGCCUUUGAUAGUAGUUGGGCGCAUCUUACCUCAGUUGUUGUGACUUCCUAGUAUACUCUGUUUAGUUGUCCUUUUUCCCCCUCAAAUGUCAUUCAGGCUAUGUACUUUGUAAAUACUUGCCCACAUAUUGCAGAACUGACUGAUAAUAAAUGUGAGUAAAGGUUUUGCUUGUCUGGCUGCUUGAUGUCUUCACUUUGCAUGGGAACAAUGUUCAAUAUUUGAAAAUGCAAUGCAGUCAUACAAACGGAUUUCUGUUCUGGAGCGGUGUAUUUCAUAGGUUUCAUAUAUUCCUGCUGUUUUCCUGGGUUGAAAGCAAAACAAAGCAGAUUAACAGGUAUUUAUUUCUUAAAGAGCGCUACAAGAAAGGUUCUGUGAAAAUUGAUCUAAGAAAUCCACAUUUCAUGCUCUUCAUUGCACUAUUUAAAAAAAUGUCCGUCACUGGCCUGGGUAAUUGGUCAUUGUGUUUCCCAGUGGCAGUCAAGUAGAAUGACAUGUCAUUGCAUUCAUAAUUAAUUUGCUUCAAAUAGCAUCGUCUUCAGAUAUGUUUCUAUACAAAACCAGCUGAGCAACUAUAGAAAAAGUUUCUUGUAAAUCACCAGACUUACAAAAGUGUGUAUAGACGUAUCUGCACUCACUGUAAUUCUGUUCUGUUGAUUCUUCGAAUGCUGUGUUGCUGCUGCAUAUUUACAGAUGACUGUUAAUAAAUCAGUCACAGAAGACUUUUGUCCCAGCAUUGUCUUAAACCUCAUCGUUACUGAACCUCGCCAGAGUUUACAUGAAAGAUUGUGUAAUGUUCUUAUGUGGUCCCCUCUCUCCUCCUACACAGUCUUACCCAAGCAAAAUGGAAGGGUUGCCAUUGUGACUGGGGGUACCAGAGGAAUUGGUUUUGAAACAGCAAGACACCUGGCAAGCCUUGGCAUGCAUGUUAUCAUAGCUGGGAAUGAGAGAGAAGAAGGUGCAGCAGCUGUUAGGAAGAUUCAUGAAGAAGGGACCGAAGGGACCGCUGAGUUUGUCUUCGUGGACAUGACGUCACUGAAAUCUGUGCGGCACUUUGUGCGGUUGUUCAGGGACAGAGCUCUGCCCCUCCAUGUCCUGGUUAAUAACGCUGGGACCAUGAUGGUUCCUGACAGACAGACAGAGGAUGGCUUUGAGUACCACUUGGGCCUCAAUUACCUGAGCCACUUCCUGCUGACCAACUUGUUGCUUGAGAUCCAGUACAGUUCCCAUGGUGCUUACUCCCAAAGCAAACUGGCUCUGGUGCUGUUCACCUACUGCCUGCAGGAGCAGCUGACUGCCAGCAGCUGCUGUGUGACGGUGAAUGCUGUGGACCCAGGGAUGGUGGACACGGCGCUGUACGAUAACCUGUGGACUCUGGUGCAGCUGCUCAAGAAGCCGGUAGCCAAGAUAUUGUUCAGGGGAAGAGUUUUUAGAAAGGUCUAA